CCUGGGCCGGGGCUGUGCGGGCGGCGGAGGGCGGCGCGGGUCUGCGCUCCCGGGCAGACCGCGGACAGCAGGCAGGGAGCCCGCGUUCCCGCAGGAGCCGCAGCUCUCCGUCUGCGCGGACCACCUGCCGCCGAGGGCCCAGGCCGCCCCUUCGCUGCGGCGCCUAGCCCUGUGUCUAGGUCGUUUUGGAAACGCCUUGGAGAGUCAAGAAUAAAUUUGCAGGUCAAACAAUGGAUGACUGGAAAAGUCGGCUUGUAAUCAAGAGCAUGCUUCCCCGUUUCGCCGUGGUGGGAAAUCGUCAGGAGCCCAGAAAGCUCCAGGAAUCGCCACAGAGAACUGUUAAGAGGAGACACAAAGCAAAUAAUUUCCAAUUUCAAGACAUGGCUGAAGGGGGUUACCCUAAUGAAAUCAAGAGGCCCUGUCUUGAAGACGUCACCCUUUCUAUGGGCCAAGGUGCCCAUCCCGGUGAGCUCUGUGCGGAGCUGCAGGUCCCCCCACUAGCAAUGAAUCCUGGCUCUGUGGCCAUGGGCAGAGCAGGCCCUUCGUUACUGCUUGAAAAUAAUUCUGUGAACGGCAGUGCUCUGGGCUCCCCGUUUGUGGUGUCACCAGCUGCAGAAAUGGGACAGAAAACUCCUGCUGGGCCUUACUAUGACAAAGUAAGCAACAUGGCAGCUGUUGACCAGGAGCUUCAAGAUCUGCUGGAGGAACUAACGAAGAUCCAAGAACCUUCUUCUAGUGAGCUAGAUCUUGAGAAGAUCCUGGGGAGCAAGCCUGAAGAACCACUGCUCUUAGACCAUCCCCAGGCAACCCUGGGCACAGCUCCCAAGCCUCCAGUCCAGAUGCCCCACUUGGAGAGCCUGGCUCCCAGCAAGGGCUUUGCUUCCACUUGCAGCCAAGUCAUGGGCACGUCGCUUCAAAUCCCGCCCUCCUCCGCAGGGAUCAACUAUGCACUUCCUUCAGCCAGUAAGCAGAUGGUCUCGCCCAGUUCUUUGACAGCACAGGCCAAGAACCAGGGCCCAGCCAUGCUCCCCGUGACAUUGCCCCCGCUGCCGGGGCCCCAGUGGCACCAUGCCCACCAACUGAAGGUGCUGGCGGCCAGCAAGCAGGGGUCUGCCACAAAGCAGCAAGGGCCCGCGCCCGGUUGGGCUGGCCUGCCCACUCCUGGUGUCUCCCCACCUUACUGCCCAGUGCCAUCGCCACAGCCCCUGCCACCGUUCAGCCCUCAGAGCGUCAUGGCUUCCUGCAUGUCAUCCAGCAGCUUGUCGGGGAGCAUCCUCCAAGACUCACCCAAUGCCUUACCCUCCAGCAUGGCUACCAGCAGCAACGCCGCCCUCGGACCCACCAUGCCCUAUGCUCCUGAGAAGCUCCCUCAGCCGCUGCCAUUCAGCCCUCAGAGCUCCAUCCUUGCCAACCUGAUGUCCUCUAGCAUCAAGACCCCUCAGGGACACCUGUUGUCUGCACCGCCUGCCAGCAACCCUGGGCCCUCCCCACCCUAUCGGCCAGAGCAGCUCUCCAGCCCAGGCUUGCCGCAGCAGUCCUUCACCCCCCAGUGCCCUCUGACCCGGGGCCUCACUCCCACCACCAACCCGCUAAGCCAGCAGCAGCAAGCCAAUGCCAUCUUUAAGCCCACGGCUGCCAACUCAUCCAAAACCCUGAGCAUGGUCGUGCAACAGGGACUGGCCAGCCCCAGCCUGGGAGCCUCGGAGCCGUUUACUUUUGGCAACACCAAGCCCUUGUCGCAUUUUGUUUCUGAGCCAGGCCCCCGGAAGAUGCCCCCCAUGCCUGCCACCUCUAGGCAGCCUUCCCUGCUCCACUACCUGCAGCAGCCACCGCCGUCACAGGCCCCCUCCGCCAUGGCCACUGCCACUGCCACCUUGCAGCAGCAGCCUGAACACUCAUCGUUGCUUCUGCAGCAGAUGAUGCAGCAGCCCCAGCGCUUUCCGUGGGCCGCGGCCUUGGACUCCAUGCCCUCCCUGCCCAGACAGGCCUGUUGCCAUCUGUUUGCAUGGACUUCUGCAGCUGGCUCGGUGGAGCGCCAGCCUCAGCCCUGGAACUCUUACACUAGCAGGCAAGACCCUCAGCCUGGAGACACAUCACCAGCUAACACUCAAGAGAAGCGGAUCUCAGGUCUUACGGCAAUGACCCCUGAGCGGGGGACUGACUACCUAGCCCAACAGGUGCGCCAAUUUCAAGCCGUCCAAGAACAAGUCACCUCCAAGUGUACCUGCACCAAGAUGAGCUCCCCGGCCAGCCAGCACGUGAUGGCACCCAGAGCUGGGCUCUUUCACAACAAUCUGAUUCCAAGGGUCAUCCCAGCCACCUGGCACCAGAGCCUGAUCUCACCCAACCCCCAGGUUCCCGUACCCACACACUCGGGCCAGACCCCCAUGGACAGCCUGGGCACCGUCUGCCAGUGUGCACAGAAUCCCAAGGCAGCCCCCUGGGUGGCGGCUGCAGCAGCAGCUGUGACCGCAGCGGUUUCGAGGGGGCCACCUCUGAGCCAAGUAGACAAUGGCAUUCAGCAGCAUUUUGAUAGCAACUCCAUCUUCACUAAGGCCCCGGGAGGCAGGCCUGGCCGGAACGUGGGCACCACCCUAGCCAACCCCCACUUCAGCCUGUUGGGCAUCCCCAAGUCCCUCCGGCAGGGCCUGGCCAGCUUUGGCCCCUUGAGUCCCAUCCAGGGCAUUGAGCCGCCAAGCCACGUGGCCCCUGCUGCGGCCACUGCCACCGCCGCCACCAUCACUGCCAGCCGAUCCCCGGGUCCGUUCGACAGAAUGGGCAACCCCCCUGAGCUGCUCCCCCUGAACAGUCUCAUUGCACCCCCUGACUGCAGUGAGGCGGGUGUCACUGACGCCCUUCAGAAGGGGGCCAGCGCGAGCCCCGAGGAAGACUGGGUGUGCAACCUGAGGCUGAUCAGUGACAUUUUGGAACAGCAUGCCGCUGCCCAAAAUGCCGCAGCCCAGAGUGCCGGCCAAGUCCCCCAGGGCACCCCCGGAAACCCCCAGGUUGACGUCACUCUCGACAGCAACAUGAAUCCAUAGCAAAUUCCCAAGGGACCCCAGCCCCUCCCCCCAGUUGUUUCUCAUUACAAUGUGAGUGGUCUCCGUCCAUGCCCACCCCUCUCUCUACCUGUGGCAAAACGAAAGCUGGUAAUUUUUCAAACUACCUGUACAUAUUUGAACAUUUUGUAAAUUGUUUUCCUAAACGUUAAUGACAGAAGUAUUUAUACUUCAUUUUGUGACUUUGUAAACAAAGUGACGGCAUAGCUUUCGUUUUGGUAUAGCUGUGUUUCUUAUACAUUGUUUUGUGUUUGUUAUACAUUGUUACAAAUAUGCAGACUGUUUUGUGAGCUCCAGUGAUACCUUGUGAAGCCAGAGGCUGAGUCGCUUUGGGUUCCGACCAAGAAACGUUGUGCAAACUGCCACACGCCAAACACAACCACCUGGCCGUUAGUUUCCCUUUUCGCUAAAAAGUCUAUUGCUUUGUGUGAGCCUUAAUCUCUUCUGCAAACCUUAAGAUCUCUGCUCGCUCUUUAUCUGAUGAGUAUGUUGCAGCAGAAGCUGUUUUAGCCUACGUGCCCCCUCAAAGGAAAGUUGCCAGGAAGCUGGAGAGCUCCUUAGAUUCAGGAGGCAGAGAGAACAACCUGAGUUUGCAGGGAGCAGGUGAGAUGUUCCUGGUUUCAGGCCUUUCAGAAUCUGUUUUGAUCUAAGACUCCACGGUUUGGGGGGAAAAGUCUGUAAACAUUGUUGAUUUGGGGUUUGUCUUUGAUGGCUUUUAUCUGCAAUUAUCAUCAUGUAUAUUUAAAUGUCUGUUGUGGAAAACCCACCCCCACUGUCCUGUAAAGUUUCCUGAGUGUCCAGACUUUGUGUAAUCAUAUUUUAAUGGCCACAUCACAGUUCAUUACAUUUGCAAUCCGGCUUUUGUUUCAAGCCAGUGUGUUUUUUCUUCAUUCUGUAAUAAACAGCCAGGAGAAAAGUG